AUGCCCGGGGGAAAGAGAGGGCUUGUGGCACCGCAAAACACUUUUCUGGAGAACAUCGUCCGGCGUUCAAGUGAGACCAGCUUUCUCCUGGGAAACGCCCAGAUCGUGGAGUGGCCCAUAGUUUACAGUAAUGACGGAUUCUGCAAGCUGUCUGGCUUCCACAGGGCCGAGGUCAUGCAGAAGAGCAGCACAUGCAGUUUUAUGUACGGAGAGCUGACAGACAAGAAGACCAUCGAUAAAGUCAGACAGACAUUCGACAACUAUGAGUCCAACUGCUUUGAAAUCCUGUUGUACAGAAAGAACAGAAGUCCUGUUUGGUUCUACAUGCAAGUGGCUCCCAUCAGGAACGAGAACGACAAGGUGGUUCUGUUCCUCUGCACUUUUAAGGACAUCACCCUCUUCAAGCAGCCCAUCGAAGACGAAACCACUAAAGGAUGGACAAAGUUUGCGCGGCUCACACGUGCACUCACCAACAACCGCAACACGCUACAGCAACUGGCACCGAUUGGCAAACAUGAAGUCAGCCAUAAACAGUCCAGACUGGCUGAGGUUUUGCAGCUAAACUCUGACAUCCUUCCGCAGUACAAGCAGGAAGCCCCCAAGACACCUCCUCACAUAAUACUUCACUACUGCACCUUCAAGACCACUUGGGACUGGGUCAUCCUCAUCCUCACCUUCUACACGGCCAUCAUGGUGCCCUACAAUGUCUCUUUUAAGACCAAGCAGAACAACAUUGUUUGGCUGGUGCUAGACAGCGUAGUAGACGUCAUCUUCCUGGUGGAUAUCGUUCUCAACUUCCACACCACCUUUGUGGGGCCCGGUGGAGAGGUGAUCUCCGACCCCAAACUCAUUCGCAUGAACUAUCUGAAGACUUGGUUCGUCAUCGACCUGCUGUCGUGCCUGCCCUAUGAUAUCAUCAAUGCCUUUGAGAAUGUGGAUGAGGGCAUCAGUAGUCUGUUCAGCUCUCUGAAGGUGGUCCGCCUGCUGCGUCUGGGCCGGGUGGCCAGAAAAUUGGACCACUACCUGGAGUAUGGCGCUGCUGUUCUGGUCCUCCUGGUCUGCGUGUUUGGACUGGUGGCCCACUGGCUUGCCUGCAUCUGGUACAGCAUCGGAGACUACGAGGUCAUCGACGAGGCCACCAACACCAUUAAGAUGGACAGUUGGCUUUAUCAACUGGCUAUCAGCAUUGGAUCGCCUUACCAAUACAACGCCAGUGGUUCUGGAGAAUGGGAGGGUGGCCCUGGGAAGGAUUCUCUGUACAUCACAUCUCUGUAUUUCACCAUGACCAGCUUGACAACCAUUGGAUUUGGAAACAUUGCCCCCACCACAGAUGGAGAGAAGAUCUUUUCUGUGGCCAUGAUGAUGGUGGGAUCUCUGCUCUAUGCCACUAUCUUUGGAAAUGUGACCACCAUUUUCCAGCAGAUGUAUGCCAACACCAACCGCUACCAUGAGAUGCUCAACAAUGUCAGGGAUUUCCUGAAGCUCUACCAGGUUCCGAAAGGUCUAAGUGAGAGGGUGAUGGACUACAUCGUCUCCACCUGGUCCAUGACCAAAGGCAUCGACACGGAAAAGGUCUUAUCCAUCUGUCCCAAGGACAUGCGGGCUGACAUCUGUGUCCACCUCAACAGGAAGGUGUUCAACGAACAUCCGGCAUUCAGGUUAGCCAGUGACGGCUGCCUGCGCUCGCUGGCUGUGGAGUUUCAGACCACCCACUGCGCCCCAGGAGACCUGAUCUUCCACGCUGGGGAGAGUGUCGACACCCUCUGUUUUGUGGUGUCCGGGUCACUGGAGGUCAUCCAGGAUGAUGAGGUCAUUGCCAUCUUAGGUAAAGGUGACGUGUUCGGAGACGUCUUUUGGAAGGAAACCACUCUUGCACAUGCGUGUGCAAACGUGCGAGCGCUGACCUACUGCGACCUCCACGUCAUCAAGAGGGAAGCUUUGCUCAAAGUUUUGGAGUUUUACAGUUCCUUCGCGAACUCUUUCUCCCGUAACCUCAUCCUCACCUGUAACUUGCGCAAGCGGAUAAUUUUCCGCAAGAUCAGUGAGGUGAAGAAAGAGGAGGAGGAGAGACAGCGAGCAAAGAACGAGGUGCAGCUCACCAUCCCGCAGGAUCAUCCCGUCCGGAAGCUUUUUCAGAAGUUCAAGCAGCAGAAGGAGCUCCGCAACCAAGGAGCAGCAGCUGCCUCACAACUGGACCUGGAGAAGAACCAGCUGCAGGUGGAGCACCACCAGCACCUGCAUCCCCACACCCUGCAGCUGGGCCACUCCAGUCUGCAGCACUCCCUGCCGCUCAGCCUACAACGGCCCCUCACCUCCAUGCAGAACGGGGCUCCGCCUAGCAGCAGUGUUCUGACUGUGUCGCAGGUCACACCCAUGCAGAGCUCGCUGGCUUACAGCCAAUCCAGUGAGCCGCCUGCAAAGCAGAACAACUGUGACAUCAUGGAGCUGCAGCCCAGUUCUGCUGGAGGGGAAGGUGAGCAAACUGUCAGGCUCAAAGUCAGCACCAGCCCUGCGCUGGCAAAGCCAGCCGCCAAGGCAAGUGGCUGGAUGCGCCUGAAAAACAACAUGGCUCCAGUGGAGACGAGAAAGGAGGGUCUUAAUAACAAUGUAAAGGCUGUUUCUGUGGAGAUGCUCUCUCAGGAUGGUAAAGGUCGGGAAGCAGGAGGGAGCAGGGAUGUAGAGGAAGGUGGGGUCUCCAGCAGCAACCCCCUUCGCAAGACAGACUCCUGUGACAGUGGAAUCACUAAGAGCGAGCUGCGUAUCGACCGAGCAGGGGAGCCGCGGACCCCAGCGGCAGUUACCCCCCUCCUCCACAGCCCUCUUCCUGGAGGAGUGGGGUCCCCUAACUCUUUCUGCCCCAUACCGGAGCAGGCCUUGCAGGCUGCACUUCAUGAGACCCGGAUGGAGCUCCGGGGGGAUAUCCAGACUCUGGGAGGCCGUCUGGGCACCCUGGAGAGUCAGGUAGCUGAAAUUAUCAAACUGCUGUCGGACAAGAGACGGCCGUCCACGGGGGCGCCGUCUGCCUCCACCACACCCAAAACCAAAAUACAACGGCAAGACAUUUUCACCGUCUCCAGGCCUGUUUCUCCAGACUCAGAGAAGGACGAUGGGCUCUGAAGAGAGCUGAACCAGUGGUGUAGGGUUUGCACUGGACUAACAGAGAUUAUAUUAAGAUUAGGUCUGUCAAGUCAAGGUUUCUCUCAUUUUUGGCCAUCCAAAAGUCCUCUUACACCGCUGGUCUCAAUUCCCAGUUUAAAAAGCAAACAAAAAAAAAUGGCUUCUUGUUUGCACACUGAUUUUUGACUGAUGUGAGGGUCUACACUCUUCACUGACCUGGACUCUUUUUUUGUUGUUUGUUUUUGAUUGUACAUACCUCUCUAUGCAUGUCCAGCUGGAUUCUGGCCUGCCAAAGAAACAACUAAACAUACUUAUUGCCUGUAUAUUAUGCAGUUGACUGCAUGCAAAUCAGAUUCAUAGAGACAUUUUAUUGAGCUACACUGUACAUAUAAAUAUUUUUCAUUGAUGAUUUACUAUGUGGACAUUCAGGGUUUGCAUACUAGUAGCACUAUAAACAUUGAAUAACUCAAAGGGUUUACUGGCAGAUGGAUUGUGCAUGGAUUAUUUAUGAAUGGAGAAGUCAAAGGGGAUGGAGGUUUUGGUUCAUUUCUUUUGCCUGUGAGAUGAAAUAGAUGCUUGACUCUGCUCUCACGUCACCCUUGAUGAACAAGGAUGUUCAGAUGUGAGGCUCAGCAUCUGUUAAACAGGGAGGGAAAUUUCUGGUAGUUUUUUUUUAUAUUAAUAAUUGAUUUUGCUUCUUACAAUAACUUCUAUUUUUUGAUUACAGAAAUGUCCUCGGCCUCAGUUUGAUGUCUGGUAAACCCUUAAAUGCUUGUUUCGUUUGAGCCCUCCUUGUGUCUAUGCAUCGCUCGGGUACGCUGCCAGAAUUAUGGUACCUUUGUAAUUGCGUUGAUGAAUGAAGGUUGUUUUUUUGUUUGUUUGUUUCAUUCCUCUGCAUGAAUCAGGGAUGGCAGAAUGCACUUUUGGG